UCUUAAUAGAAGAAUAUGACAUGAACAUGACAUGACUCGGGCUAUAUGGAGUCUGCACUGUAGGUUUUUAAUUAUCAAAGCUAUAUCACGGAGCAAAUGUAAAUUUCAGUGAUAUGUUCUAUGGAUAUAUUUCCAAAAUUAUCUCAAAUUUCUGUGGAGGCAUUUCAUUUCAAAAAUGACGUAAUCAUGGAGACAUUUUAGCCCGACCCAGGACUUAUGUUCCCGUGUUGUCCAUCCGUCCGUCUUGCGUCUUGACCUUCGUGAAACUUAUUCUAUCAACUUGAAAUUUUGGAAAAUUAAAAAUGACAAAGUAUAGUACAAAAUUUAAAGUUGAUAGGAUAGAUUUACGAGAGUUAUUGAUAACCAGACAGGCAGAGACACACCGGACAAAGCAGGUACAUGCAUACAUACACAACCCCUGACUCGGGCUAAAAAUCGGAUUUUUUUCAAGAUGCGUAAAUCCAUGGAAAAAAUAUUUUUUCAAUGAGAGGAAAUAUCCUUCACUACGCACUAAAGUCAAUGACCAGAGGAAAGGAUAUUUCCUUCUUUCCGUAUCUAUGCCGAAUUUUGAGACAACGGAUUUAUCCGUUGCUCCGUCGCAACGCCUAAAAAAUUAGGAUGGAAAUAUCCUCUAUUCCUUCACAACGCCAAGUUUAUGACGACGGAUAUUUCCAUUGUUCCGCAGCAACGUUCGAAAUUCGGCGACGGAUAUAUCCAUCGUUACGAAGGAAAGGGUUAAGUUGCACACUUAAAAAUAUGUGCAUAGCGAGUUUAAAUGCCUGAAUCGCGUGUACGUAUGCCGCAUGGCAUGUGUAUGAGAUUAGUUGUUAAAAUUAAAUGAUGAAUAUUUGAUGAAGUCACAGGAGCAGCAAAGCAACAGCCCAUCAAUCUGCCCAAGUAUAUACCAGAGAUUAAAUAUUGUUUAUCAAUUAAAUGGUCAGGUGACGAUUGGCUCUAUCAUCGGAGACAUUUUCAAACUUUGAUAUAAUUUGGCUUUGUAGAAAUAGAUUUUAUUUUGGAAACAAAAUGUGAGAAAAAUAUCAAAAAAGAAAAUAAUCCAAUCUUAUUUUUCUGUGAAAAAUUGGUAUAGUAAAAGUUGAGUUGUAUCAUGAUGGUUCGACUCAACCCAUAUUGCGAUAGUGACUUUCGAAGCAGUUUACAGUUUCUGGCCGGAGUUUUUGUAAUGCUGUGCAGUAUCUCCAUUUUGGUCAAUUUACUUGUUAUAGCAGAGAUGUCACAUUUUUACACUUACUGGUCUCAUGAAUCAGUAAGAUUAUCUCCUGCCACCGCCGAUCUUAUACUAAUUUUGGAUAUAAUUAUAACUGGCAUCCAAAUAUUUUAUGGGCUUCAGUUAUUUAAUGCUGUAGCUGAGAAUGCAUACUCAAAAAUCCAACGGUGGAGAAUACCCUCCAUUGUUCUGAUGGGAACAAGAUUGGCGAUCAUAAUUUUUUAUAUGUAUUCAAUGCCCGUCUCACCGUAUUACACGUAUUUUACAAUUAUCCUAGUUUGCUAUGCAAUAUUUUUAUUUUGGCCAGUAAAUCAGUUUCUGAGGGACUUUGUUACAAUUCCUACUACAGAAGGCAGUAGGUUGCUAAUGUGUGUAAACUAACCAACAUCUUUACUUAACAACUGCAUAUGUUACGCAGAUUUGAACAUAACUUGUGUAUGUAAAUACAUAUUAUCUAAGAUGCGAUUCUCCCUGAAAGUACAAAUGUUUUAAUACUUUUUAUCGGUAACAAUGCUGAAGUAAUACAUUAUGUGAUUAGAUUCUCAAAACAAAUAAAAUCAACACAUCAAAUAUUAAUUUAAUUUACUUUGAAUGAUAAUCAAAUAAAUCAUCAAGAAAAGUA